AUGCUGGGAAUCAGACCAAGGCAAGUACAGAACUCGGUGGAAGAUUUCUCAAUCUUUGAUCACAACAAUGGUGACGCUUUCGAGCCAAUUCCAAUCGAUCGUCCAAGAACUGAACAGCAAACGGCAGCCAUCAGAAGAGUCUUCCGAGACGCUAUCCAUCUUCUCUUUCACUCCGAAAACCCUACUGUUAUUCAACAAGUUCAAGAAACCCAACCCCGGACUCCUCUAUCAUCAACUACAACAAGAGAUACAAUAGCCAUAGAGACGAGUGGAUCAGACAAUCUGUUGGAAGGUAGACGCCUCUCUGAGGUAACUGGUCUUGAUUCAUCGGCUGCCAUCGAUUCUGGAAUACCAGCAAAUCAAGCUAUUCAAUGUAUGGAUGAUGUGGACGACCAUCGAGUCUCCCGAGCCGCUCCACGGGAUGAGUACUCGCAGUUACGCUUCCGGCCGUAUCAAAAUGAGCGUUGGGAGCAAUGCUUCAGCGAUCUCCUCAAGUACCGUCAGCAGUAUGGUCAUUGUUGUGUUCCGCACACCUACGAUAGGAAUCCUGCGCUUGCUCGGUGGGUCAAGAGGCAACGGUACCAAUUCAAGUUGCGUUCGCAAGGCAAAGAGAGCACCAUGACUAUCCGGCGGGUGCAAGCUCUGGAAGAGGCAGGCUUCAUCUGGGACUCCCAUAACGCAACCUGGGAGGAACGUCUGAACGAGUUGAAAGAAUAUCGCAGAAUAAACGGGCACUGCGAAGUCCCAACCCAUUAUCAGCAAAAUAAAAAGCUUGCAACUUGGGUCAAGUGCCAGAGAAGGCAAUAUAAACUUUAUCGUGAUGGUAGACAAUCUACGAUGACACCAGAGCGGAUUGAUGAACUGGAUCAAAUGGACUUUUCGUGGGGAAUGCGCGGACCAAAAGGGACUGAUAAGUAA